CACGUGUGCAGUGGCGCACGAAGCUCCUCCCUUUCCGCUCUGGUUGUUCGGAAGUCAGACGCACGUUGCCAGCGCAUUGCUUUCUCUCCGUUCUUUUAGUUUUCCUCCGUGAAGCUUCCGGGCCGAGGGGACCAGGAGAGACCGUAGCUGAGACGAACCAUGACCGAGUCCGAGGUGAAUCCCAAGGCCUACCCCCUGGCUGAUGCCCAGCUGACCAGAACGAUCCUGGACCUGGUGCAGCAGGCCUCCAAUUACAAGCAGCUCCGCAAAGGGGCGAAUGAAGCGACAAAAACCCUAAACAGAGGGAUUUCCGAGUUCAUUGCUAUGGCCGCUGAUGCAGAACCUUUAGAAAUUAUUCUUCACCUCCCUCUUUUAUGUGAAGAUAAGAAUGUCCCUUACGUCUUUGUUCGAUCCAAGCAGGCUUUGGGAAGAGCCUGUGGGGUCUCCAGACCAGUCAUUGCUUGCGCAGUCACCAUCAAGGAAGGGUCUCAACUGAAGCCCCAGAUCCAGUCGGUCCAGCAAGCCAUUGAGAGACUACUAGUGUAAAUCACACUUUGCAUUUGUGGCAGAAGCCUAGACGUCAGUUUAAAUUGCAAUUGUACAGUUUAUGUAACAAGAGUUAGUCACCUAGCCUUGGAUGUUUUUAGCAGAUCUUCAUAUGUGGAUUUUGUGACGGAACCACAAGGUAGUACUCUAACAAACUAUACCUAUAUUGGGGAAUUGUUCAGUUUUUGCAAACCUAUUUUUUUUAACCCGAAAGAAUCAGUUCGUAUUUGUUUUUUUUCUUUGACUUGUAUAUGUUUUUUUUUUUUUUAUUAA